AUGGUCCUGAUCUUCGGGCCUCAGAAUCUGCCCUCGGACCCAGAGCCUCACAGUCUGACAGGAGAGGUGCAUUAUGGGAGUGCAAACACCAAAAUAAACGAAGCUCACAUGAAGUGUCGCUGAUGAGAAGAGAGACGGUCUUUAACUUCCUCUUUACCCUCAGAGACUCGGGUUUGACAGAAACACCAAAGAGAGACUCGGGUUCAAGAGAGACUCGGGUUUAAAAGAAACACCAGAGAGAGACUCGGGUUCAACAGAACCACCACAGAGAGACUCGGGUUCAAGAGAAACACCAGAGAGAGACUCGGGUUUAAGAGAAACACCACAGAGAGACUCGGGUUCAAGAGAAACACCAGAGAGAGACUCGGGUUCAACAGAACCACCACAGAGAGACUCGGGUUCAAGAGAACCACCACAGAGAGACUCGGGUUCAAGAGAAACACCAGAGAGAGACUCGGGUUUAAGAGAAACACCAGAGAGAGACUCGGGUUCAAGAGAAACACCAGAGAGAGACUCGGGUUCAAGAGAAACACCAGAGAGAGACUCGGGUUCAAGAGAAACACCAGAGAGAGACUCGGGUUCAAGAGAAACACCAGAGAGAGACUCGGGUUCAAGAGAGACUCGGGUUCAAGAGAAACACCAGAGAGAGACUCGGGUUCAAGAGAGACUCGGGUUCAACAGAAACACCAGAGAGAGACUCGGGUUCAAGAGAGACUCGGGUUCAAUAAAAACACCAGAGAGAGACUCGGGUUCGACAGAAACAUCGUGUGUCAGAGAGAAGAUCAGGGAGAUGUUUGAGUUUGAAGGAAAAAUAAUUCAGAAUCGGAGGAAAAACAAACUUUAUAAUUAAUGAACUUCCUGUUCCUGAUCGAGGACCUCAGCUGUUCAGGGUCGACUCAGUCCUGGUUUUGGGGUCAUGAUGGUCCAAAUGUUUUUAAUGGGGGACAAGUCAGGACCACAUCAGUCCAGGACUCUCCUCCUACAGAACCAUGCUGGUGUGAGAACGUGGUUCUGGAUCAUAUGAAGGUCUUUCCUGAUGAAGUCCUGGACUGGAUGGACCCAGAUGUUGGUCCUGAACCUGGAAGUCUUGUUGGAACCUUCACAGAUCUGAAUGUUAGACCGGCACACAGGACCGGAUCUGAUGGAUCCGGAUCAGUGGAGCUGAACUGUGCAAAUAUGAGAACACCUGUGUGUGUGUGUGUGUGUGUGUGUGUGUGUGUGUUUGUUUACCAGUCCGUGUAGAGCCGCUCAUGAAGCUGUUAAAAACUCAAACUUCCUCUUUUUAUGUCCGAUUAUCGUCACUUUAACCAACCAUGACGACAAACACGACCACAGACACACAACAGACAUGAAAAACACACAACAGACACACAUCUGACACACAGACACACAGACAGUAAUCUACAGAUGAAUAAAACUUCAGAUAUUAAACUUUAAAUGAACUAAACUAUAAAUAUUAAAGUACAGAUUAAAUAAUCUUCAGAUUAAUUAAUCCUCAGAUUAGACUCAGUCUAAAUGCUGCACAAAUACUUUUGUUCACAGUUUUGAUUCUUUACUCCUCAGUUUAUUUCUCACACAACUUUGGUUUCUACGACGAUCUUCUUCAAACUUCGUACACAAACAAACACACACACAUACACACUCACACACUCUCACA